AUGUCAGCCAAAGUACCGCCAAAUAGACCCGAGCUACUGGACACUCAUGUGUGCUGGGAGGUGAAGACGGACUCUUUGGGCAAAGUCCUCAGGCUUCGCUCCCUGCCUGCUCCACUUUUGACAAGUAACUUCCUGGCUGUCCGUGGAGUGGUCGCUGCCCUAAGCUCUAAUGGAAGGUACAUAAAGCCAGAGGAUCUUUCUACGAAUAUCUUAUCAACAUCUCCGUUUUCUCGACCCUACUCCGGGUGCUUGUCUGCUAACACCAGAGCUUCGAUUAACUCUCUUAACUCCCAAAGCUCCCCCAAAGACAAAUCCAGGGCUCAGUCUACACCAAGUACAGCACCGGAUAUUGAUGAAUUAAUGAACUGGUACACUUACCGUCGAGCUUGGCAUAAGUAG